AUGGCCACGCCAGGUGCUCCGGUCCUGGACAGAUUCCUGUCGGGGAUCUCAGAGAUAAUUCGCAAUCGCGACGGCUCGAAGCUCCAGGACUUCCUACAGAUCGAACCUCCGUUGUCCGACAUUUACCGGCAGAUGGUCGAGGAGUUGCGGCGACAAUACCCCAAUGGACCGAAGGAGGCUGAUCUCCUGCGCCGAUGCGAAGGGCUCGUCCCGCGCACCAAGAACGGCAGCUCAUGGACCGCGUUUCCGACCUUCAUGAAGCUGUAUUUCACCUUUCUCCGCGACGUGAACGUCGACAACCUGCUCGAAACCUACAAUCUGCUGAAAGGGCUGGUGAAAUUACCGCCGUCGAACGUAGCGCUGAGCUCCUGUCGCCCUCAUCGGUUACUGAUUGUUUCUGCGGAUAGCCAGUCUGUUCUUGCGCUCGGGGACAGUCAAUACGGUGUCAUCGUGCUGCCGACCGUCCUUUACCUUUCCAAAGUCCUAGCGAAGCUGGCCAUGGGCCUCGAUCGCCGCCCCGAAUUGAUCGCACAUUUGCUGAGAAUGGAGGGUCGCUCUGAUCAGGAUGAGAGCAUCGAGAAAGUGACCUUGGUCGAGAAAUCCGCGAAUGUCGUCCGAGAAGCAUUCAUCAAGUGCCUCACGGAUCGUAGCGGGACCCCGGGGGUCCACGGCAAACCCGAAGGCAAGCGGGUUGGCAUCUAUCUCAUGGCCAACCUCUGUCUGAAAUUGCUUUUCCAGUGCGGGAAGCUCCGAAAUGCAGAACAGAUGUUUUCCAGUAUCAGCGCCCAAUCCCCACCCCUCAAAUAUUUCCCCGCCUCCCAGAGAGUGACCUACCUGUACUACCUCGGACGAUAUCUCUUUUCCAAUAAUCUCUUUUAUCCCGCCCAGAUCGCCCUUCAAUCCGCCUACGACCAAUGCCAUCGCCAAGCUCUCAGCCAAAAGCGAGUCAUCCUGACUUAUUUAAUACCAUGUAACAUCAUCAUGGGUCGCUUUCCUUCAAUGGAGUUGCUACAACGGCCUGAAUCAGAAGGCCUCGCCGACAAAUUCGUUCCGAUCUGUCGACUCAUCGUUCGUGGCGAUUACAUCGCCUUCCGAGAGCAUCUGGCGCUGGACUCACCGACCACCGAAUGGUUUGCACAGAAGGGCAUCCUCCUUGCCCUGCGCAAUCGGUGCGAAAUACUCGUAUGGCGGGCGCUUGCUCGAAAAGUGUUCAUCCACGGCGGCUUUCAUGGUGAACCCCAAGGCUCCGCCCAGCGCGGACCUCCCCCUUUCCUGUACCUCCACAAACUCGAAACGGCAGUGCGAUGGCUCCAAUCCCAACAUGCGCAGUCCUCGCAUGGCUCUCUCAGUUUCGCUCCGCCUGGCCAAAACCGCGACGCACAGGCCGGGCACAACGAGUUCGGAUCGCAACUGGUGUAUAAACUCCCCGAUCACGAUUUCGCGGGAGUUCACGAGGUCGAUGGCCCGGGGUUCAAGCCGGACCCGGACUUAGUGUCCAAUUACGAAGACUUCCUCGCGCCAGACGGAUGUUUUGACGUCAUGGGGCAAUGGCAGCCCAACACGCCGGGAGUCUUAGUCGACGGACAGCCCGACGCCGACUACUCUCAGUAUGAACUCGACCCAUACACCCACCGAGUCGAGCGAGACUCGGAAACCGACCAAGGAAAACCAACGCCCAUGAUGCGAGAGCUGGAAUCGAUCCUAGCGUCCCUCCUGACCCAGGGCUUGAUGCGCGGCUACUUAACCCACAAGAAUCCUCGGUUCGCCAUUCCUGGUGCACGCCUGCGCGGCGCCUUGCCAACCGGCUUUCCGAAUGUCUGGCAGACUAUCUCCGCCCGCGAAUCUGAAGAUGAUCGCGUCCCGGGUUGGGUCCAACCUCCGCCACCCGUGGUGGGUGGUGGUCUGGCAGCAGCCGGCGGCGGUCGCGUCGUGAACCUAGCGGGGGCACGGCCAGUGGGCGUGCAGUAA